CUACUUCGACUCUCGUUUCCUCGCAUACUCCGCCUAGAAAUCUACAGGCGCUUGAGCCUUAGCACCUAAACUUCUACUUCUCAUGAGUACGAAGGAGGAGAAGCCGACACUUGCUGGCGUUAACGUCAAGACCCGCAAGCGGAACAUCGUUAUCCCUGAGGAUCCGGGCUCGUUUGCCGAUGCGAUCGUGACGCUGUGCCAGGACGCGGCGUCAGAUGACGGUUCGGCCGGCCUCGAGGCGGACCUCGAGGCGGCCGCUAAGGCGCUCGACGGCGCGGAGCUAGAGUACUCCCGCUAUGGCGAUGUGCUCUUCCAGGUCUUUUUCGCGGGUGGCCGCUUGGGAACGGGCGCGCAGCUGGCGGCGGAGGACAAGAUGCGCCUCGCGACCAACAUUCUGGCCGCUGAGGCAACCCGGGAAGCCAUCAACCCCUACUUCAAGCUGUUCCAGACGCUCACGCGCCGCCGCCCCUUCCUGAUCCGCGGCCUGGAGAACACGCUGGUGAAGCUGAUGCUGUCGCUGGAGUUCUUCGACGACGUCGGCCGCAAGAAGCUGGGGAUUGCCCUGGCGCUGACGUUCUCGUGGAAGAUCGGCGUGGUGCCCGGCAACAUCUUCGCGGCGCUGCUGAAUGACCGCCUGGUGGCCAAGGGCACGGUCCUGGAGGUCAUGAUUGUGUUCUUCCAGGAGUUCCUGGCCAAGGACACCACGCUGGACGACCUGGUGUCCAUCCUGGCCAAGGCCAACAUCGCCAACCGCCUGAUGGACUUCGCGCCGCCCAACAAGCGCACGCCGCACGAGUAUCACCUGGUGCUCAAGGCCGCUGGCCUGAACUCGCUGGUGGAGUGGGACGUGCAGCGCGAGAUUGACUUGCGCGUCAGCGAGCUGCAGGACGCGCUGACGGAGGCCAUCGCCGCCGACCCGCCGCUGGCGGUGUCCGAGGUGCUCAACAUCGCCAAGUCCAAGAAGCAGGAGAGCAACCUGCCCGACGGCGAGGUGCUGCGCGUGUCGUGGCUGGCGCUGAUGAAGUCCAUCAACCUGACGGGCAAGAACCAGCAGCAGAUCACGCAGGCCCUGAUGCAGAAGCUCAAGUCGCACGGCAAGCUGUUUGCGACCUUCGCCACCAACGCCAAGGCGGAGCUGGCGCUGCUGAACACCAUCCAGGUGUUCUGCUACGAGGACACGCGCAUGCUCAAGUGCUUCACCGAUAUCAUGAAGCUGCUGUACAACGCGGAGAUUGUGGGCGAGGACACCAUCCAGCACUGGUACAAGAAGGGCAGCCACACCAAGGGACGCGCCGUGUUCCUGAAGGACAUCGAGCCCUUCAUGAAGUGGCUGGAGGAGGCGGAGGAGGACGACGAGUAGAGCGAGCGCGCCGACGUGCAGGCGGCCGCUAGGUGGCGUGGCGGCGGGCGGGUCCGGACAGGCGGCGUCCUGGGCCGCGGUACCUACGGGCAGCCCCUUACGGUGCACAGCAGUUGUUGAGAUAUCGGUCAGAACUAUCCAUAAGGGAGAACGUAGGGGAGUUCCGAGAGUGUGUGUGCGAUACACCAUGCAAGGACCUGACCCGGAACCCAUGCGAGGGUAUAAGCCAGAGAGCUACCCGUUAUAGUUAAGUAGUGUGGUACUAUGUAAUGUGCGAAACAGUC